AUGCUGUUGUUCCUUGAACAAUCAUCAUCCACAUUUGAUUUACGCUUGUUGGAGCCCGCCUUAUACCUUGAUGCUGAAGAUGAUACCACUGUGUUGCGCGGCUACAUUGACAUUCCUCAACUAAAGCGAUCGAUUUGUUCAAUCACGUUGGUUUUUCAGGGGUACUUAACAAUGAAACAUCCAUCCACCAAAAGACCACUUAUUCAAUACCACCAUGAAUUGGAUCCUUCAUCAGCGACGUUUUCAUUCCGCGGGAAUACCCGAAGAUAUCCGUUUGAAAUUCGGCUUACUUUGGGCGACAUGCCUGAAACCAUCAACAGCAAAGGCAUCAAAGUAGAAUAUCGAUUAACAGCACAAUUACGCACAUCUUCUGGAACACGAUACAAAAAGAGUCAUCCGAUACAGCUGAUGCGUGUACCAUUCAAGCAUGCCUUGCUCAGUGGGGACAAUGUAGCUCGCACCAUCGACUCUCGUAGACAUCAUGGGCAAUACGUUGAAUAUCAAUUUCUUGUGGAGAGCAAAUCAUUGGCAGUAGGAUCAACCGUUCCCUUGACAUUAUCAUUAUGGCCAGUGAUUCCCGGUGUACGUUUACUUUCGAUUGUUGUGUUUUUGCUUGAGCGACGAUGUCUCGAUGGAAAACCUUUUGGGCAUACGGUUCAUGUGCUUUCACGAGCCGAUCCUCAGCGACAAUGUUUACCGCAGCAAGCCCUUGAAGAGCCUUGGCAGAAUACAUUUGAAUACCAUCUCCCAGAUCAUAAAACCAUAUUACCAUCAACCACCACCACCACUCGAUAUAACAACAAUGGGAAUCAUGAUCUAUUCAGCGUUACACACUCGUUAAAAGUUCUCAUGACUUUGGUAUUUCCUGGAUUGGGGCGUACCCAAAGAAGCUUGUCAUUUGAAACAGACAUUCAACUCCAAGGUCACCAUGUUGCCUUUCUCGAUAAGAUAGGUGCAUUAGACUUGCCCGAAUACAGACCACCACCUCUCUAUGAACCUCCUCCUGCUUACACUACGGUGGGUUGA